CAAUUGUUACUACAUUGAGAUCUCAUCACUGGACCACCAAACAACUGGACACAACUACCAGGCAAAAGUCUUGCUGCCUAGAAAGACGUAGCCGUCUUUGAGACCCCCCCAGGAUGCUGCCAGCAGACGUGAGCUCACUGUUCCGUUGUGUCUGCAUGGUCGGCUACGUCUGUCUACUCACGAUAUGUCCUGUCCAAGCGUCCAUGGAGUAUAAUCCGGCAAGUGACGGUCCAGGCCGGUUGAUUAAAUACAUUCCGUUCAGAAGGCACAGUUCGUAUCCGAGAAAUCAGCCAACAUUACCAAGGGUUUUAGUAAGGACUUCUGGAACACUGUCAACAGCAAGAACUCGCUUAGACAAGGUUAGAGAGUUGAAACUUGUCCAUCCAAUCAGGAUCCAAACUCUUCCCUCAAGGAAUUCACUUCCCAGAAAUGACAACAUAGGAAACAGAUUUCUAUCCAGACUCCUGAAUGUGAAAAAUGAGCGCCCCCUGGCAGAACAAAGCGUUCUGAGGCCUGUACAGCAUCGCUACGAUCCUUUGUCUGAGCAAGGCAAAAAGUUUAAUAUCUGGAGCUAUGACGACUCUGACUCCUUGAAAGUUGGACCCAGAGUGUGGCCUCAAGCAUUCCCCAACUGUGGUCACAGAUACCAGUCUCCCAUCGACAUCAUGGCCACCCACUUUCAGUACAGACCCAUGUCUCCCAUAGCUUUGACCUCAGUUGACCACACCGGACUGUCGGACGUGGUCUUCAGUAAUGAUGGUUUCACGGCCACCAUCAAGCCCCUUCACAAAAACAUCUACAUCGACUGUGAGGACAUGCCUGGUAGAUUCAUACUAUCUGGCAUACACUUCCACUGGGGGCGUACUGACCACAUUGGCUCUGAGCACCUACUGGAUGGACAUGCUUUCCCAUUAGAGAUGCACCUGGUGGCCUACAACAGCGAGUUCCCCAGCCUGGGAGAGGCGGAGGGGAAGGAGAAUGGUGUUCACACUGUGGCCAUUUUCUUUGAAGUCUCUGACAUACCAAACCAGGGAUUAAAUUUUUGUGUGGAAAAUUUCAAAAAUAUUCAACGCCCAGGAGCAGACGUGAAGGGAGAACAUUUUAACAUUAGCCAGCUGUUUCCUCCGCCUGGACAACCGUACUUCCGCUAUCUGGGCAGCUUGACCACACCGCCCUGCACAGAGAAUGUUAUCUGGUCAGUUUUUGCCGUUCCCCAAGUGAUCUCUCUGCAUCAGCUGUCCAGAUUUCGUACACUUGGAAUGUCAACUGAACUUAACCCUUACAUCGGUGGAAACGUCCGACCACUUCAACCAAUCGACAAUCGAAUUAUUUAUACCAAUGAUGUCAUUUAUAAAAAAUAGCAAUUACAUUUCUGGAAAUAUU